AUGGUCAGAAAGCAAAAGGCUACAGUUCUGGACGAAAUUGCCGUCACUUCGGAAUCCUCACGUUUCCACAAUGAAACUCUAGAGACACUAUCUAAAGAUGUCUACUUGAAGAAAGUCUCUAUCUCUGUUGGCCUAAAAGACCUUCUACUCGACGCAGAUGUGAGACUCAACCACGGAAUCAAAUAUGGGCUUAUUGGUCCUAAUGGAUGUGGGAAAACGACCCUCAUGAAGUGUCUUGGAGACAAAAGAAUUCCUGGGUUAGCUGAUAACCUUCGAAUUUUGUACGUCGAACAGUUGCCGGUUGAGAGUACCUCAAAGCUGGUGUUAGAGACCGUUUUGGCUGCUGACAAGGACAGAGUCAAAUUACUGCUGCUCUUGUCUACAUUGGAGGCAGCAUUGAGUUCAGCCGACCCAUUGAAGAUAAAGCAGGCCAUAAAACAGGUCAAGUUGGAGGAGCAGAAAGCCAAUCUAGCUGCAGCACAAAAAACUGCCACUGAGAGAACAGGAGCAAGAGGACAUAGGGCUCGAAAGGCAUUGGUAGAGCAAGAGUCGCUUGUUGCAGAAUUGGAGGCUCUUUCUUUGGAUGAAGUUGUUGAUUCUAACACUGAUGAAGCUUUUGUUGCCCAAGAAAUGGCAUUACAGUUGAGUGAGCAGCUCAAAGGUUACGAUUCAGAGGAAGUGCUUCGCUCCAAGGCUGCUAAAAUCCUCAAGGGUCUCGGUUAUUCAGAUAAGAAGAUGCAGCAGCCAGCCAAAGUGCUCUCAGAAGGCUGGAGAAUUCGUGCCUCAUUGGCUGCAGCGUUGCUUCUUCAGCCUGACAUACUUCUCCUUGACGAGCCAACAAACCAUCUCGAUUUGCCCACUGUUUUGUGGCUCCAAAAUUACUUGCGGGAUCUUGAAGACGUAACUUUGGUAGUAGUGUCUCACAAUCGAGCAUUUUUGAACGAGGUGGCCGAAGAAACCAUCGUUUGCAAGAAGCAAUCUUUGGAAUACUAUGAUGGAAAUUACGAUGAAUACAUGGAAAACUUCCAAAACAGACAAUCCUUCUUGCGGGCUAAAGCUGAUGCCAAUCGAAAAAAGAAGGAAGCUUUGGAACACAGUAUCGAGAAAGGUCUCAAUUCAGCUAAGAAAAACGGCGACGAUAAGAGUGUGCAAAGAAUGGCAGCACGCAAGAAGAAGCUUGACAGAAUUGGCAUGGAUGUGAACAGUAAGGGCCACAAAUACAAACUUAACAGAGACAGAGCUGGAUAUCACGAAAACUUCCUUGAAGAAGUUGAAGUUGAAGAAAUAGUGGAGCCUGAUCACUGGAAUGUGGAGCCCCCACCGCCAAUGCGCUACAGUGGGGAUUUGUUAGUGACAAGCAAUGUCGGGUAUAAAUAUCCCGAAGGCGACGUCAUCUUUGGCAGAGUUUCCUUCAGCAUAGGCCAGAGAGCCCGCAUAGCCCUAAUCGGCGCCAAUGGCACAGGUAAAUCGACUCUCAUUAAGUUGCUCACGGGCAAGAUUCUUCCCAGUGUUGGACACAUAGAAAGGCCAGGAAAUGCCACUAUAGGCACAUUUGACCAGUUCAAUGCCGAGGUCUUUCUAGCUGAGUAUAGCUCGGAGGCUACUCCACUCUCUGUGUUCAUGGAGAAGUACCCCAACGGUAAAGAAAGCCACUAUAGAGGGCAUAUGGGCAAGUUCGGGCUCCGAGGAUCCACUGCUAUCAAGCCUUUGGCCACGCUAAGUGGAGGAGAGAUGGCACGCCUUAAGCUUGCACUCAACUUCUUUGAGCUGUCGCCGAACUUAGUGAUUCUUGAUGAGCCCACCAAUCACUUGGACAUGCAAUCUAUCGAGUCGCUCAUUGAGUUGAUUGAUAAGUACGAAGGCGCCGUGGUCAUUGCCUCUCACGACCAGUACUUCGUGACGAAAGUGGCGAAGGAGAUCUACACAUUCAAGAAGAAGCAGUUGAAGCAGCUCGAGUCUAUGGAUGAGUACAUCGAGGAGGUAAGUGGAGCAUGA